AUGUCAGACCUUAAGGCAGCUAAGGAUGCUCUAGUAGCAUCUCUUUUUGAAUUGUCAAAAGCUGCACAGGAGGCAGCAAAUGCCACUGUAAACUUCUACAGAGUAUCAUCUCAAGAAGGUAAUGCGGACUCAUUAAAUCAUUUAGCAGUUACUUUGAAUACUAUAGCAUCGACUGUUUCCUCCGAUGGAAUAUUCGCUCCAUUACCAAGUGCUUUAGACUCAGUUGCAGCGGUCGCCAGAGCUGCUGGAACAGGUACUGGUGCCAAUUCUGCCAAAAAGGGUCCAGCAACUGCUGAAGAAAAGAAAAGGAAGAAGGCUGAAAAAGACCCUAACGCGCCCAAGAAACCAUUGACCAUAUUUUUUGCGUUUUCAUUCCAUACCAGAGAGGUCAUUCGUGAUGAACGUAGAAAAAAGGGACUUCCGGCGCUUUCUGCUAUCGAAAUGAAUGAUGUUAUCAAGGAAAGAUGGAACUCAAUUACUCCUGAGGAAAAAUCGAAAUGGCAGAAGAAGUAUGCAAAUGAGCUCAAAGAAUAUCAAAAGGUCAAAGAAGCAUACAAAGCUGGCUUGACUACCACCGAGGUGAAGCCUCCAGUCGCAGCUCCUGAAUCUUCUUCAUCUGAUGAUUCCUCUGCAGAAGAAGAGAAAUUGGCUCCAAUUCAUCAGGAAACUCCCAAAAAGUCAAAGGACUCUAAGAAAAGAAAGUCAGAGAAGUCGGAGAGAAAAUCAGAGAAAAAAUCUAAGAAUAAAGAGUUGAAUAACAAAUGA